GCUUCAUGCAUCCAUUCUCAGUGCCAUGCCUAUACUAUUAUACAUACUAUAAAAGCAUAUAUAUUCCCCCUGCAUCUCAAUUUCGGUCAUCGUUCAAGCUGGCUAUACCCAACUUUAUGGAUCCCAAGCUUAGAAUUUAUAUUUUCAUCCUCCUUUUGCUCUUUGUUGAACUGUAUCCAGGUAGAGUCAACAGCUUGAUGAUUAGAGUGGAUGUAUUAAAACCACCAACAGAGGCCUCUUUUGAGAUGAAGGGAAGACAGCUUAUGAAAGUUGAUACCGAUGACUACAGAGAAUCUGACUCUAAUCAUAGGAAUGAUCAAGGGAAAGGGAAGCCUCAUGUUUGAAGCAAACUUGCAGAGGUUGCUUAUAUUAUAUUACAUUAUUAUAUUAUGUAUAUUUUAAAUGGAAUAAAUAAUUCAAGCCAGCUCACUGCUUGGAGCUGAAAAGCAGAAGCAGAAAUAUCAUAAAAUCUGACAGCUGAAGAUUUCCUUCUACUAUGAGUUUUAUAUUUCUGUAAUAUUUUAUGUUACAAUCAAAUGCUGAAGAUCUCUAUCCAUACCAAGUUACCAACAAUCUCGCUGAGUUUAAAUAAGUUUAUGUAUCAAGGGAAUUUAUCUAUGAAAUUAU